ACUGCCACGACCACGGCCUCGGCCCUGCCCCUGCUCGGUUAUAUAAGUGCCCCCUCUGCGCAUCUAUUGAUUUCAGCAUUGCUUCUGACCAGAAGAAGAUCCCGGAAGAAACCAAAUCAGAAGCUUAACGUAGCUCUUAUCGUAAGCCGUAGUUAGAGUAGUUUGCACUAGCACGUAGCUGCGUGUUGCAUCCAGCUUCUUGAUUGAUCUUUCACACACCACGUAGUUGAAUCAAAUCCAUUCGGGAUUGUUAGUUAAGAUAGCAAGAUCAUCAUAUAGGUCUUCUUCGAUCAUGGAGGCGCUGAGCGGGCGGGUAGGGGUGAAGUGCGGGCGGUGGAACCCUACGGCGGAGCAGGUGAAGGUCCUGACGGAACUCUUCCGCGCGGGGCUGCGGACGCCGAGCACGGAGCAGAUCCAGCGUAUCUCCACCCACCUCAGCGCGUUCGGCAAGGUGGAGAGCAAGAACGUCUUCUACUGGUUCCAGAACCACAAGGCCCGCGAGCGCCACCACCACAAGAAGCGCCGCCGCGGCGCGUCCUCCCCCGACAGCGGCAGCGGCAGCAACGAGGAAUAUGGCCGUGCUGCCUCCCACGAGGCCGAGGCCGACCUCGUGCUGCAGCCUCCAGAGAGCAAGCGGGAGGCCAGAAGCUACAGCCACCAUCAUCGGCUCAUGACAUGCUACGUGAGGGACGUGGUGGAGCAUCAAGAGGCGAUGUGGGAGCGGCCGACGAGGGAGGUGGAGACGCUGGAGCUGUUCCCCCUCAAGUCGUACGACCUCGAGCCGGAGAAGCUACGGUAUGUGAGGGGCGGCGCCGGCGAGCAGUGCAGGGAGAUCUCCUUCUUCGACGUCGCUGCCGGCCGGGAUCCACCGCUGGAGCUCAGGCUCUGCAGCUUCAGUCUCUAGAUCGCAGGCCGCAGCUGCGGUUGUCGCCUUGUCGCGCACAUCAUUGUGUAGUUCUUGAUUCUAGCUAGCAACAUCAAUAGAUGUACGAGAUGAGAUACGGCAUGUGCUGUACGCUCUACCAACGUUGACAUGCAGAAUCCGAGAGGAUCAAGGAAAGAGCAAGCAGAUGAGAUUUCAACUGCCUUUUCCUUGAUCUUUUCAUCAUCAGAUGUACUACUUUUUUCGUUCUUUUCUGGUGCCUGCAUGGCAUACUAUAAUUAAC